AUGAGCGUGCAGAAUCUCACCGCUUUCGAUCCGUUCGCAGACGAGGGUGAUUUAGGAAACAAUCAGGACGUAGGGUCCCAGCAGAACUACAUCCACAUCCGUAUCCAACAACGCAAUGGAAGAAAGACCUUGACCACGCUGCAGGGGUUGCCCACAGAAUAUGAUGCGAAGAAGUUACUCAAGGCCUUCAAGAAGGAAUUCGCCUGCAACGGCACACUUGUCGAGGAUGAGGAGAUGGGUCAAGUCAUCCAGCUUCAAGGCGAUCAGCGACUCAAGAUCUCCAAUUUCCUCACCGAGAACGGUAUAGACAAGAAGACCAUCAAGCUGCACGGUUUCUAA